AUGGCCGAUGAUUUUGAUCCAUUAAAAAAUCAAGUGAAUAAGUCAUCUCAGGGUUUAAAUCAACCAAAUCAAAAUAAACCAAGUAACAAUGUUCUUAUUCAUCGUCCCUCAUAUACUGGUGCUUGGAAACGUCGAUCAGCAGGUAGUACGGACAUUCAAAUAAAUACAUCUAGUGCAACAGAACUGCAAACACAGCAGUCAAUAAAUUCACCGAAUUUGAAUAGCCCUAAAUUACCGACAUCACCAUUACCACAGUAUUCGAGUAUUGCUAAAUCACCAACAUCACCGAUACCAUCAAAUGUUGUUAACCGUGCAGCACAAAGACAAGUAUCUCAACCUGAUCAACGCCAAGUUAAUAUCGUAGAGCAAAAUCCAAAACCGUAUUGGGAAUCUAGAGAAGAUUCUUUUGAUGAAUGGAAUCAAUAUCAAUCAACAGAUACAACAGGACAAGCAUCUGCUUAUACUCCAGAAGAAUAUUAUAAUUACGAGAAACCAUAUAAAAAGAAAGGAGUAUCAAAUAAAAUUGAUCGUCUUGUGCAACGUUUUCCUGCUUUGGAUUUGAACAAACAUCUGACCCAGCUUAUAACCAUAAAGCCACAUAUGAAUUAA